GCGCACGGGCGAAGAGUAGUAGGAGUAAGAGUAAGAGUAGGAGAAGAAGAAGGAGGAGGAGGAGGAGGAGGAGGCGUGGGUGGCGGCAGCGACGGUGACGGCGACGAAAGCUGGUUGGUCCGUGAGUGUGAGGGCUCCUCAGCAGCAUGGCGGGGCUGUGUGCACAAGGGGAGCGGAGCUGCUGCCGCUGCUGCCGCCGCCGCCACCACCCCCCCCACCCCGACCACCACCACCCCCCCCACCACUACCAGCAGUGGGUUCAAUGGUUAAAGUUAAUGCUGGGCGUCCUGCAGUUCCUUUUGCCGAGUUUUCGACAGGGGACGUCUGCCGUGCAAGCAUUUGCUGAAAUGACCAAUGUAGUAGAGCUUUGGCAAGCAGAAGAGGGAGAUGUGUUACUUCCUAAUCAGGCUACUUCUGAGCAGAGUGUAGAUGAGCUCCCUCUGGAACAAAGCUCUGCAAAUGGGCCUUGUACAAGCACGUUACAUUUUAAACCUCAACUGUUGGAUUUUGGUUUACAGCCAGUCGGGCAGCCACGGGUUAAAGAAUUUUUUAUACAGAACCCAACCUGGGAAUUGCCAGUCGUAUUGGUUUCAGUGUUUACAUUGAGUAGACAUUUCCAUCUACCACCUAUAGAUAGCAUGAUAAUUCCAGCAGGAGGAAAUAUUAUACUAAGAGUUGUCUUUCUGCCCACUGAAGAAGGAACUGUACAAAAUUCUUUAUUUAUAAACACCUCUACCCAUGGGACUCUUUCAUAUCAGAUGAUUGGUGUUGGAGGUCGCAAUCCUGAGCCAGUAGUGGACAAUCAACAUUACUUAGAUGACAAACUCAUCUUUUUUCCACACAUUCAAAAUAUUCAGGAGAAAUCUUCAAAUUGCACGCUCUCAGAACUAAGUUUUGAACUUAUUCUACCUUUACAGAGCUAUGAAGAUUUUCCGAAACAUUGCUUGUUGAGGAAUGAAAAGUUUAUACUGUAUGUCCACGUCUCUCUCAGCAUGGGAGAAUGUUACAAAGAAUUUGAAAUAGUAAAGAGCUAUUUAUUAGAAAACAUUAUUGUACUUUAUUUGCCAGUUAACAAAGAAAGUACCUCAGAUGAACAAAUAAAUACUGUGUACUUCUGGCAUUCAGGGAACAAUAUUUUGUAUAUUAAGAAUGUUCAUUUUCUGCCAGGAGCAAGCACAGUUACUGUUGAGUUUGAGCCAAAGCUUUUGGAGACAGCUGUGACCGAUUUGACGAGUGUUGCUUCUAUUGUUUGCAAAACUGCUAUGCCUGACGAUAUGGAAAAUUGUUCAGGUGAAGUGACACAUGUAGUAAAAGGCAGCUUAAUAAUUAAAGCAUCUCCUACAUUGCAGCUAAUAGAAAGAAAUACGGAACAUGACUCAUCGAGCUUAUUUCAAGUCAAGGCAGGACGUGAAUUCUGGACAGUCUGGUUUACAAAUAACUUCAAGUUCAAAAUCGUGAUAAGAGAUGUUUAUAUACCUGAAGAAGUCUCUCAUCUGUUAACAGUUCUUAAUUUUACUGGCCCAGUGACACUCCUACCAGGUUGCUGGCACAUCUUGUCACUACAGUUUAAAGCUGGGAAAAUGCCUAGAACCCUAAACACUCAACUGAUCAUUGUAAUUGGAUCCGGGUUAAUGCUCAAGCUCCCUUUGCGCCUCUGUUCAGUUCGCAUGCAGGGAAAUAUGUAUUCUGAUUCAAUUCUGCAGUGUGGUGUAUAUUGCUAUCUAGGGGCAGAAGCUGCUGUGCACUGGCAUAACAGUCUUUCUCAGGAAUCCUCUUCCUGGAAAGUGGAUUCUGAGCUGGGUUUGGAUUUACGACACAAGUGGCAACAAAUGACAGAGAAAAAAGCAAAGAGGAAAAUAUUGUUAGAUGAAGAUCAUCUGACGCAGCAGAAAAUCCAGCAAUCAUUUUCAACUGACUUUAUUUGGCCCCGUUUAACUCGAGACUUUCUAAUAAGCUUCAGUGUUACUGCUUCACACAAUACAACGAUGAAACACUUUGUUUUGAAGAACCCAUCAGAUCUACCAGUCACAGUGCAGCUAUUGCCAAUUGCUCAUUAUCCAAAUCCAGAAGAUGUUUUAAUUCUACUGAAGAAAUGGUACAAACUAAGCAGACAAGACAUUAAUGUCACAACAAGUGAAUUUAUGCUGGUGAAGACCCUUGAAAAUGAGAGUUCCAAGCACGUGGAAUUGGACAACAAGCCAAGUGAUGGGAUUCUUCAGUUCACUUUACAGCCUUGGGAAGUGAGGAAGAUUGGUGUUGAGUUCACACCAGUAAGACACAGUCUGGUCACAUCACUCCUACUGAUAAGAAACAACCUUACAGUACUUGAUGCGGUAAUCAUGGAAGGCUUUGGGGCUAAUGAGAUGCUGAAAGUGGGAGGAAAGCUGCCUGGAGAAGCAGGUUCACUUCGUUUUAAGGUUCCAGAAUCCACGCUCAUGGAAUGUAGAGGCAAGUCAAAAGGAAAUGAACUCAACUUGACCAUCAGGAAGAGUUUUAAGGUUGAAAACGUUGGACCACUGACUAUCUCAGUGAUUUCGAUGAACAUUAAUGGAUACAGAUGUCAAGGAUUUGGGUUUCAAAUUCUAAAAUGUGAACCAUUUGUGUUGGAUGCUAAUUCUUCACGUGAGAUCAGUAUUCUGUUUACACCAGAUUUCACCACUUCCUGGGUGAUUCGUGAAUUGCAGCUUUUAACUGCAAGAGGCUUGCAGUUUGAGUUUACUCUGAAUAUGACUCUUCCACAUCACCUGUUACCUCUUUGUGCAGAUUUGGUGCCAGCACUAAGUUGGGAGCAACCAUUCUGGAUUGUCGUCUGUCUCUUUAGCUGCUUGCUGCUAAUUUGUGUCAUCAUUAUGGCCUACCAACGUGCUCACUACAUUUUAACAGAGUUUAGUCAAUCUAGACAAAGGACAUGCCAGGACGGAACUUCCAUUAACACACUUGGCUCCACAACUUACAAGUUAAGUCGAACAGGCUGUAAGACGUGCAUUGGAGGCAAUAAUUCGCCAGAUAGAGGAAAAGGAAGAGGGGCUCUACAGAUGAACGGAACUUCUAUCCGAACUCAAAAUACCUCAAAACGGAGUCCUAUUAACUCAAGCCAUUGUUCAAAAAAGCUCAAAUAUUACAGCAAAAAUAAAUUGAAUACAUCUGCAAGCAUUGGUUGUGAGACUAGUGAAGAAUAUCAGCAGACCAAUGGUGGACCAUUUUAUAGUUCUAAAGAGCAGCCAUCUUGCACUGAGAAUCCUCCAAAUACAAAGCUACGUGAUGAAAGGUGUACACCAUUUGCAGGAGACGAUCUGGAAAAAGUAGAGGAAAUUGUACAGGAGUGUGAAAUUAAACCAUUUUUUCUUGAAACUAAACCUACUACUGAGCAUGCUGAUCAUGAUUCUGUGACCUGUGUACUGUCAGAAGAAAGAAGUUCUGAGCUUCCUGUCCUUGUCCUUGACAAUAAAGAAUUGAAUCACUACGAAUCUUUCCAAACACAAUCUCUAGAUGAUCACCUGGUGCUAGACGAAAGCUUCAGGACUGAUGAAACACAAGUUGUGUCAUCCACCACUAUAGAUAAUCCACAGCAAGAAACAAUGGAGAAGAUCAGUGAAAAUGUGAAGACAGAUAAACAGGUCCCUGAUGCACCUCAAGAAAAAAAUUGUGUGCCAGAGCUACAGAAUAUACUGCCUCCCUUGAUAACACAGAAACUGUCCACAACUGAGCAUAAGACACCAUUGGACAAGGUUAAACAGAAAAGACAAGUGAAAGGCGAAGUUGCAAUUCGUAAUAAAUGGAAGGGAAGAAAGCCAUGUGGGAAAAACAAUGUUUCUCUGAGGUCAACUGAUCAGAUAGGUGAUGUGCACAGUGAGAGAAACUACAAUUGCAGACAAAAGGAAGAUGCAUUUCAGGACCAGUCUAGGAAGGUGUGGCAGUGUGGUAAAAAAAAGGCUAACACCCAUACAAAACCAGACAUUUAUCUUAAAGAGGCAGAAAGUGACUGCUGUUCAAACUGGAAGAUGCUGUUCAGGAAAAUGCGUUCUGGUGAAUCCAGCUCUGAUUCUGGAAGUUCGUCAGACAGUGUGAAAGCAAGCCGUGAUAGCUGGGGAAGCUGGAGCAGUAGCAGUUCUGAGGGAGAGAAGGAUCAAAAUAUCAAUGCAAAAUUGCACUUUGUAUCAUCUGCUGCUCAGAAGGAGAGGAUUUUCCGGCAGACUACUUCAAUUUAUAGCGCACCUUUACAAGAGCAUCACAGUUCGGGCAAUAGAAGGUUUGUUCAUUUCAGCCACUCUACCAAUAACAACAUAUGCUUAAGAGGUGAUGCACAGCAUUCGGCUCCCCCUGACAAAAACCAAUGUCCCACUUUUGCUGCGGUAGCUGCGGGUUUAAAGAAAAGUCCAGGUCUUUACACAACUGUAAAUGGUCAGUGUUUAAAAACCAUUCCUUCUGCAAAUAAUUUGGCAUAUCACUCAAGGAAUGGUUUGCAGAUUGAGCCACAGCCAAGAUCAGCUGCUGAUUACAGUGAUCAUUGCAGUAAUGCUGUCAGCACAUUUCAUGAGAAUUACUUCUCUGGUGUUUCUGAAGCCAACGUGAAUUUGUGUCAUCCCUUCAUUUGCGCUGAGGGCCAAAGUACAUCAUUUGCUGAUCCAGCUUCAAGUUGGACAAAUUUAGAGGCUCCCUGUAGCUGGUAUCCUUCAAGCAAUGUCAGAACUCCUUCCUACCUUUCAGGCACCAGAAGUCUGUCGCCUAUGUCUGGAUUGUUUGGAUCUAUUUGGACCCCACAGUGUGACCCUUACCAAAGCUACUUCACAUCUGAUAACCCAGUCUCGCACGCAUUGGUGAAUGAAAAUCUGGAGUCAACUUAUAUCCAAGAGCAAACAUCCAGUUUUGAUCCCUUUGGCACUUACAUGAACCUGCAUAUUUGGAAUUCUUCCUGCAGUCGUGUUUGUAGCUCUCAGCUCUCUCGUGACUCAGGUUAUUACGGGGAUAUUUGAUUUAGAUUUUUUAAAACUAAAGGUGUGCAUAAAAAUAGUUCAAAUCCUUUAAGAGUAUUUAGGUGCAUUAAAUCUCUUUUAUUUUUUUAAGUUUUCUGAUUUUAUACGGAGGAAAUUGCACUUAAUAGGGGAAAAAACACAAUUUCUAAAAACUUUUCCAAAUAA